AUGCUGAUUGAAAUAAGGCAUACACCACUGAAGCUGCCCCUUCCCGGGGUCAAGAUGGCGUCUGCCAGCCGGGUCGCCCAGGUAGUCAAGCCACAUAUACCAUUAAUAAGGUUCCUUGAUAGAAGAGACAAUCCUAAACCCAGUGUAUUAGAAGCUUUGAGAUCAGCAGGGAUCCCAUCUCACUCUUCUGUAAUUUCACAGCCUUCUAAGGGGAGUAAAUCACCAGAGAUGCUGAUACAUCCAGGUCCACUAGACACUGCAGAAAUACUAAAAACACUACCUCAGAAAUACAGAAGGAAACUAAUAUCUCAAGAGGAAAUGGAGUUUAUCCAACGUGGAAGUCCAGAAUGAUUGUGGCUGCUGUUUGUCAUCAGACAAAAGAAUUAUCUUUAUAGUGAAGGACUUACAGAAUGACAUGAAAAGCUGUAUAUUAAACAACCUUAAUAAAUAUUCUGCAAAAA